CCGAGAAGGACGAGUGCAAAAAAAAGAAGAAAGAAGGAGGGAUGGUAAUAUAGCAGCGAUCGAGCUUCACAUAGCGAAGUUCAACAUAAAUCUGCAAGCAAACCUCAAUCGAAAAUAUUCGUAAAAUUUUGAGGGAAAAAUAGAAAAGGAAAGAAAAAGAAAGAGAGGGCAAGAGAGAGAAACAGAGCGAGGCACAGCAGGAGGAGCUUCAGAGAUUGGAGCCUAGUCUAGUGAGGUUUGAUUUCUAUGCAAUUCUUCAGCUUCUCUAAGGUCAGGGCUCAAUCAAUGUGUAAACCCUUUCAUUUUUCCCCUUACACUUGCAAGCUUUAGACUUUGCUCUUCAUUGUGCUUCGUUCCAUUGCAAUUUGUGUUUUGUUGUUCGUUCGGGACUCAAUUUUGUCCAACUCACUGAUCUCCUCCCCCCAACUUCAAAUUUCGAAUUUUGAAGUUCGAAGCCUUUUGAAUUCGGUCAAACAAUGAGAGUUUGAAGUGGUACAGUGAUGUAAUGUUAGCCUCGUGCUGUUCGAGACAAGGAUGGUGUUUCGGACCCGAGUUUGAUUAUUCAAACUUAGGGUUUUGAUUUACCAUGACAUUCAAUUAAUUAAGUUUGAUUUGCUGGAUUUUGUGCUUGGGCCUUGCGAGUUCCGCAGUGGUUUGAUCCCUAGGGUUUUGCUGUCGGAAAGAUGAGAUUUGGCUUUUCAUUGUAUGGUCUAUUGGUGCCUAAAUUUGGGAAUUUUCUUGCAUAAGAGCAACUAUUUUCCGGUUCUGAAUUGGAAUAUCCUAUUGGGUUACUUAAUUAGCAUGACUCUUGCAUCUGGUUGUUCUGCGAGGCAGAGCAUGGGGCAAUUUACUUUUAUUCAAUGAUAUGGGGGAGGGGAAGCUUAGAGUUCUUUGGAAACGGAAAUAACUGCAAUCUGGCUCAAAUUGGGGUUACAGGUGGGUGUUUAUUUUGUGAAAUUUGAAGCAGUGUAUGAAUCUGUCUAUUGAAAAAUGCAACCCCAGCAGAGCUCAAGAAUUGAUUUGGGCGAAAUAAAAGCCCAAAUUGUAAAGAGGAUUGGUGGCGAUAAGUCAAAACGGUACUUUUAUUACCUGAACAAGUUUUUGAGUCAGAAGCUGAGAAAGAAUGAAUUUGAUAAACUAUGUUAUCGAUUAUUCGGGAGGGAGAAUCUUCCAUUACACAAUCAUUUUAUGAGAUCAGUUUUGAAGAAUGCGUGCCAAGCCAAGACGUCUCCUCCAAUCCAGCCAUCAGGUCCCUCGAAGUCUGGAGCACUGGCAACAACAAUAUCUCCUGGUAGAGAAGAUGGGCACGAACACAGUAGUUCUAGCUUCCAAAAUCAAAGUCAAAACGUAUCCAUUUGGUCAAAUGGGGUUUUACCGGUGUCCCCACGGAAGACGAGGUCUGGGAUACGUGAUCGGAAGAACAGGGAUAGACCCAGUCCACUUGGACCUAAUGGAAAGGUUGAUUCCCUUCCACACCAGUCCCUAGGUACAGAAGACAGUGGCAGUAAGGUUGAUACGGAGAAUGGGACUCUUACUCCGUGUGAUUAUCAAAGGCCAAUACAGCAACUUCAAGCAGUUGCUGAGCUGCCUGAGAAUGAAAGGCGGGAUGCGGUUGAGCGUUCAGCUGAAAAACCAAGAAUACAUGGCAAAGGGCCAACCGGGUUAUCAGCUGUUGAAGAUGGGGAAGAAGUGGAGCAGUCAACCCACUUUUCUAGAAGUCCCUUGCAAGCACCACUUGGAAUUCCGUACUGCCCAGCAAGUGAGGGUGGAGCACGCAGAGCCUUGCCUGUGGUUAGCACAGGUGAUUUUCUUAGCUGCUAUGACAGUGGCUGGUUGUCUGACACAGAAACACUGAGAAGGCGCAUGGAGCAGAUAGCGAGAGUGCAGGGCCUUGGAGGUGUCUCCAUGGAAUGUGCUAAUACAUUGAACAAUAUGGUGGAUGUGUAUUUGAAACGUCUAAUUAAGUCAUGUGUUGGCUUAGUGGAAGCUAGGUCCGCAAACGAACUGAGGAAGACCUCUUCCCAGAAACAGCAGAUUCAGGGUAAGGUCAUCAAUGGCAUUUGGCCAAGUAAUAAUUUACAUGUGCAGAGUGCUGGUGGGUCAGCAGAACCUGUGCCUGAUCGCAGACCACCGUGCUUGGUAUCUUUCUUAGAUUUUAAAGUUGCCAUGGAGCUAAGUCCGCAGCAACUUGGAGAAGAUUGGCCGUUGCUGUUGGAGAAAAUUUCUAUGAACGCGUUUGAGGAAUAACACUUCUAUGAAGAUUUGUCUUUCAAUGCCAAAGUUGGGUCAAUUUCUUCUGGUUCUGAUGGCUCGACAAUGAUUGGUGAUCAUUAGCCUUCUCAGUUGCAUUCUCAUUGCCAAGAUGAAUCAGAUGACCCCAAUGUUCUGUCUCUUCCUGGUUAAAAUGCUGGGCUUGAGCUCCAACUUGCCAUGUCUUUGCUAUUUGUAGGGCCUGGAUGGAUCAGAGAUUUAUUUAACUGUAACCAGGGGUACCAAAGAGCCCAAACUGGUUACACUGUUGUAUGUUUAGCAUUGGUGUUGGCUUUUGUUUGCCAUCCCUAGAGAUAUCGAGCUUUUUGUUUACUUUAAAGUCGAUGAGAAAGAAAAGUAAGAAAGUUUUGCAGGUUUACUUUUGUGGCUUUUGGAUCAAGGAAAUUCUCACAUGUAUAAGGGCUGCAAAGUUGCUGUGUAUGUAUUUUUAGAAUCUGAGGAUUGAUUGAAACUCGAUAUCAAUAACACAUUAACAUAUAUUAAAAUUGCCUCGAUGAUUUCAUUUUUUCAAA